AUGUCGCUUUCUCUGCGAAUCAAAGAGUUUUUCUACUCACUCAACGCGCCAGACAAGUACUCUGACUACGACUCGCGCAAAUCUUUCAACCGAAUUAACAAACCAAGCGCAGAAACCAGUCUUCUCUCGCACCACAACAAUGCCUCUUCUGUUUCGUUGACAGGCUCCGUAAGUAAUGCAGCAGUGGGCGAUGGGGUCCACGAGAUGCGUCUUGCGUGGCGGCAUAUUAAAAAAUGGCUCCACAAACAUAGCUCGGAUUUGAAUGACCUGUUGCUGACGCCUUGCACAACUGCAGAUCUUAAUGAGCUCCAAAAGGACUUGGGGGUCCGCUUGCCACAGUGUGUGACCGAAUUUUUUCUUCUCACCGAUGGCCAGUCUUCGUUUGAUGACAAUGGUGCUGGUGGCUUGAUCUACGGUCUUAAACUCUUGUCCAUAGACCAAAUUGCCGUUCUUACGGAGAGCUGGCGCAAAGCAAACCAAUCACUUAUUGCACGGAACAUGACAACAACACUGAAGGAUACAGAGCAAGAUGCAGACGCAACUUUAACGUCACUCGAGGGUGAUUUGGGAACAGGGCUUCCCGAAAGAAAGCCAACUCUACUGACAUCAAUGCCAGAACAGCACUCUGUGCCCCCUGGAGCCAUCUACCCUAAAUAUGUCGAUGACAUGUGGAUCCCAAUCAUCACAGAUGGUGCUGGGAAUUCCAUAGCACUUGACUUACUGCCCGCUUCAGAAGAGGGAGAGAGCACUCAUCUGCAAUCCGGGCUUAGCGGAGCGGUAUGGGGACAGGUUAUUGUUUUUGGUCGCGACUUUGAUACAAAGUUCAAGAUCGCUGACAAUUUCGGCGAUUUUAUGCUUAUGUUUGCCAAAGAUUUGGAGCAAGGCAAUUGGGAUCUCCGAACAACCUUGGACAACCAAGACAUGGUAUGUGGUGUAGAUAGUGAGCUCGUGUAUGUUGACCAUGUUACCAAGAAGGAGCAGCCAUAUCUUGAUGUUCUUCGAGAGAGAUGUGUUAAGAACUGGAUUGAUUCCUUGACUGAGGAGGAACGCAAGCUCGAAAGCAAUCGCACAUUAAUCGAACAUUUGUGCAGCGCCUUUUCUUACCAUGUUCCCAAUGUCAGUGACAGACGUACAGACGAUUUCAUAAGUGAGAACCUAGCUGCAAUUGAUGCGACUACUGAUGGUGACGAUUGA